UUUCAGGAACGUACGUUUUUUUAAAAAAAUGAUGAGGAAAACAAUUAGAAUUAAGGAUGCAUGUCACUGUUUUGGGUUUGCUUUUAAAAUGUUCAUUUUAACUAAAAAUUUCCGGUCAGUUUUCCUGCUAAAUAACCACGGUUUAAAAUUAUUUCUUUUCCGAGUAAUCAAAAUGGUUGAAGCGGAUCGUCCAGGGAAGUUAUUUAUAGGAGGACUCAAUACAGAAACAAAUGAAAAAGCUCUUGAAUCAGUUUUUGGAAAAUAUGGCCGUAUUGUGGAAGUUCUUUUGAUGAAAGAUCGUGAGACCAAUAAAUCCAGAGGCUUUGCUUUUAUUACUUUUGAGAGUCCAGCUGAUGCAAAAGAUGCUGCAAGAGACAUGAAUGGAAAGUCCUUGGAUGGAAAAUCAAUUAAGGUGGAACAGGCCACCAAACCAUCUUAUGAAAGUGGUGGUAGACGAGGACCACCCCCUCCCCCAAGAAGCAGAGGUCCUCCAGGAGGCCUUAGAGGUGGAAGAGGAGGAAGUGGUGGAGCAAGAGGACCACCCCGUGGAGGGCAUAUGGAUGACAGUGGAUAUUCUCUUAAUUUCAAUGUGGGUACUUCCAGAGGACCAGUUCCCGUUAAAAGGGGUCCACCUCCACAAAGUGGGGGUCCUUCACCUAAAAGAUCUGCCCCUUCUGGACCGGUGCGCAGCAGUAGUGGAAUGGGAGGAAGAGGGCCAGUGGCUCGUGGAAGAGAUAGCUAUGGUGGUCCUCCCCGAAGAGAGCCAAUAUCAUCACGCAGGGAUGUGUAUAUGUCACCAAGAGAUGACAGUUACAGGACUAAGGAGAGUUAUUCAAGCAGAGAUUAUGGAAGUUCUCGGGACACCAGAGAUUAUGCUCCACCUCCAAGGGACUAUACCUACCGUGACUACGGCCAUUCUUCUAGCUCACGUGAUGAGUAUUCAUCUAGAGGAUAUAGUGACCGUGAUAGCUAUGGUGGAGGUCGUGAUAGAGACUAUUCAGAUCAUCCAAGUGGAGGGUCCUACAGAGAUUCUUAUGAGAGUUAUGGUAACUCCCGAAGUGCUCCUCCCGCUCGAGGGCCUCCCCCCUCUUAUGGAGGAAGUAGCCGUUAUGAUGAUUAUAGCAGCACAAGAGAUGGAUAUGGUACAAGUCGGGAGAGUUAUUCAAGUAGCCGAAGUGAUAUCUAUUCCAGUGCUCGUGAUAGAGUUGGCAGACAAGAGAGAGGGCUUCCUCCUUCCAUGGACAGGGGGUAUCCUGCCCCUCGGGAUUCAUACAGCAGUUCAAGCCGGGGGGCUCCAAGAGGUGGUGGCCGGGGAGGAAGCCGAUCUGAAAGAGGAGGCAGAAGCAGAUACUAAAAGGAAUGAGAGUUUUUUCAGAGAAAUUAAGAAUUGAGUUUGUUCACUUAAGAAGUUAACUGCUAAGGUCCAAAAUGUAUUUUGUACCUUCUCAGAUAUCCUCCAUUAAAAGUUAUAAAAUUUGAAGUUUGUAUUGAUUUUGGAAAUAAAGUUUUUUUGAAUUUGC